AAGCGGAAGCGGUCCUCGAAUGCUUUUUAGCCGAUGAUGUCCGUAGCUUCUCCGCAGUUUAAUUCCGAGAGGUCUCUGAGGUGAUUUGGUUGGUCGUGAUUAGGGAUUCUGGGGGUCGGUGACGGGUGUGUUGUCCGUGGAGUGAAUGAUGGUGGUUUCUGGGUCUGUGUCAUCCUUUGCUGUGAGGGCAAUGAUAGGAGUCUCUUGGUUCAAUGAUGGGGAUCUUGAGAUGAGUGUGGGAUUUGUCGGCUCAGUGAUGGGAGUCUGUGGUCAGUGACUGAUCUGUGGCGUCAGCUAUGGGGCUCUGUGAGGGCUGUGAUGAGCUCGCUUUCUAAGCAUUAGUAAGCUGUGGUGUGUAGCAUUUUAUUGUUCAAAUCUAAGUACUGUUUUUUUCUUCAGUUUUAGUUAUUUUUUUCUUUCAGUCAUGAGUUAUUUAGAAGUGCAUUCUCUAUCUCAAAUAAUGUCUCUGGGUAAUGCUCGAAUUUAAAAAUUGCUUUACGGUCUGGUUCAUGGUCAGUUUUCAUAAAUGUCAUUUCUAUUACAUCAAAGCAAUGUGUGUCCUCUAUUGUGUUUCAUAUAUAGUCUCACAGUUUAUCUUGUUUGCUUAACUAAUUACAGAGAAAGGUGAACUCGUGGAGGUGAUAUGUUCACUUGUCCUUUCUGCUGUCAGUUUCUGCUUUGUAUGUUUGAAACUACUAUUAAGAUCAGUUGUUUAUUUUUAAUAAUAAAUAUGACUAAUAACUAAAAAGAUACAGUAACAAUUCAAGCUGUCACCAAUAAUUUAUAAAAGGGGUCAUUUUCCCAAUUUCCAGCACUGGAUUUUUUUAAAAUAAGUUUUUACUAUUCUGAGGUGAAAUUAUAUCUAAUUGCUCUAAUGCAUUUUCCUAUUAGUAAAAUGGUAUCUUUUUGGUUACUUACCAUUUAAAUUUCCUUUUCUGUGAAUUUUCAUAUCCUCUGUUCAGUUUUUAUUUUUCCGGGGCUUUUUUUUUUUUCCAUAUUGAUUGCUAGAUUUUUUUUUUUAAUUCAGAGAUAAUCUAUUUUCACAUUUUGAAAAAAUAUAUAUAUUUCUUCAUUUUUAUUUUUAUUUAUUUAUAUAUCUUUUAAAUUUUUAUUUAUUUUUGAGAAAAAGAGAGAGAGAGCAUGAGCAGUGGAGGGGCAGAGAGAACAGGGACAGAGGAUCCAAAUCAGGCUUCAUGCUGACAGCAGAGAGUCAUGCAGGGCUCAAAGUCACCAAUCCUGAGAUCAUGACCCGAGCCAAAGUCAGAUGCUCAACCAACUGAGCUACCCAGGCGCCCCUUCAUUUUUAUUUUUAAAGUAUGUUUUAACAUGUAAUUAGGAAAUGCCAUCUAACCAGAAAUAUCUGUUUUUUUUCUUUUACAGCAUCUGGGUUUUCUCACAUGUGUACUAAGAAUUCCUCCCACCCCACCACAAUGUUGAUACAAACAUAUACUACUAAAAUUUAUUUCAUUUUUUUAAAUACAAAUACUUAAAAUGUUUAGUUCUGCUGGAAUUCAGUCUAAUAUAUAGUGUGUGAUGGCAAUCUGGUUUGUUUUUUUCUAGGUGGAUGGUCAAUUAUAUCAGUGCCACUUAUACAAUAAAUGUUCUGUGCGCACUCAGUUGAAUGCCAUUUUUAUUACAUACAUAAGUCAGUACUGUCUGAGCUAUUGUUUUCUCUGUUUUGAUUACGUUGUUUUUAUAUUUAAGUUUUAAUAUCUAAUAGAGAAUGGUAAUUGCCAAUAUUUAUUGUAUGCCUCUUGCGUGCCAGGGAGAUGUUGAAUACUUUACAAGCAUCAUCUCAUUUAAUUUUUAUAACCUUUUUUUUUUAAUGUUUGUUUAUUUAUUUUGAGAGAGAAAGAAAGUGAGCAGAGGAGGGGCAGAGAGAGGGAGGGAGAGAGAGAGAGAAUCCCAAGCAGGCUCCAUGCUGUCAGUGCAGAGCCAGACACGGAGCCGAUCUCAUAAACCAUGAGAUCAUAACCUGAGCCGAAAUCAAGAGUCGGACGCUUAACUGACUGAGCCACCCAGGUGCCCUUAAUUUUAUAACUCUUGAAAUAGGUACUUUCAUCCUCAUUUUUGAAACUAAAAUGGAAGUAACUUGUUCGUAUUCUCAUAGCUGAAAGUUAGCAGAGCUGCAGUUCAAAUCUUAAGGAAUAUUACUCCGUAUCUCAUUGACCAGUACUCAUCACAGGUUUUGUUAAACUUUACGUUCUCCACAGCAGUGGUUCUCAGAGUGUGGUCCCUGGACCAGCAACAUCAACAUGACCUGGGGACUACUUCAAAAUGCUAAUUCUUGGGCCCUGCUAUGGUCUGAAUGUUUAUGUCCCCCCAAAAUUUGUAUGUUGAAAUCCAGAAAUACCGUAUAAGGAGGUGAGAUCUUUGGGAACUGAUUAGGUCACGAAGGUGGACUACUCAUAAAUGGGAUUAGUGCUCUUGUAAAAUAGAUCCCACACAGAAGGUGCUGGCUGUGAAGCUUUAGUGAGGUCUCUCACUGAAAUGUGACCACACUGAUGCCCUGAUCUUGGACUUUCCAGCCUCCAGAACUGUGAUCAAUAAAUCUCAGGUGUUUAUAGGCUGCCCAGUCUGUGGUGUUUCAUUAUAGCAGUCUGACUGUACUAAGAAAGUUGCUACCCUAGGCCUAUUGAAUCAGAAACAGAGUGAGAUGGAGGGUUUUUACUGUAUCUUAACAAGCCCUCAAAGUGUUUUGAAUCCACAUUAAAGUUUGAGAGCCUCUGCUCUCUGUGUCUAGUUCAGGGAACUUCACCUUGGUGCCUUGGUGUUGACAGGAAAUGUUUAUGUGAUGAAUAUUGAGUAUGUGACCAUGUGGACAUUGUCUUCUAGGUUUCUUGUUGUCUCUGGGGAGCCCCUGGGUUAGAUCUUUCUCCAGACUCCAGCCUGCCUCCCCCCAGCAGCUCUGCUUGGAUUUACAGAUGUCUACCAGGCUUUAGGCUCCUGAGAGAAUAAAGUUUGAGACCUACCAUGACGAUGUCAGCUAAUCAGACCUCUCUCCAAAAAUCCCUGAUCCUGGUUCCAGAGGAAUAUGACAGUUCAUAUGAGGGAUCGGUGUCCUUCAGGGAUGUGGCUGUAGAUUUCAGCAGAGAGGAGUGGCAGCAUCUAGACCUUGCUCAGAGAAACUUGUACCGGGAUGUGAUGUUGGAGACCUACAGUCACCUGCUUUCAGUAGGGUAUGAAGUUCCCCAACCAGAAGUUUUCAUGUUGGAGCAAGGAAAGGAGCCCUGGGCAUUGCAGGGUGAGAGCCCACAUCAGAGCUGUUCAGGAGAGAAGUUAUGGGACCAUAAUCAAUGUGGAAAUAUCCUCAGCUAUAAACAAGCACCCUCUCAACAUCAAAAAAUUCAUACUGGGGAGAAAUCUUACGAAUGUGCUGAAUUUGGAAAGAUCUUCACCCAGAAGUCACAGCUCAGGGUACAUAUGAAAGUUCAUACAGGAGAAAAACUCUAUGUGUGCAUUGACUGUGGGAAAGCUUUUGUAAAGAGGCCAGAAUUCAUUAUACAUCAGAGAACCCAUACUAGAGAGAAGCCCUAUAAGUGCAGUGAAUGUGGAAAAGCUUUUUUCCAAGUAUCUUCUCUCUUAAGGCAUCAAAGAAUUCAUACUGGAGAAAAACUUUAUGAAUGCAGUGAAUGUGGAAAAGGCUUCUCUUACAACUCUGAUCUCAGUAUACACCAGAAAAUUCAUACUGGAGAGAGACACCAUGAAUGCAGUGAUUGUGGCAAAGCAUUUACACAAAAGUCCACGCUCAAGAUGCAUCAGAAGAUUCACACAGGUGAGAGAUCUUAUAUAUGUAUUGAAUGUGGACAGGCCUUCAUACAGAAGACACACUUGAUUGCACACCGAAGAAUCCAUACUGGAGAAAAACCAUAUGAAUGCAAUAACUGUGGGAAGUCCUUCAUUUCUAAGUCACAACUCCAGGUACAUCAACGAAUUCACACAAGAAUGAAACCCUUUAUAUAUACGGAAUAUGGGAAGAUGUUCAACAAUAGUUCCAAUCUCAUUACACAUAAGAAAGUUCAAAUUAGAGAGAAAUCGUCCAUAUGUACUGAAUGUGGUAAGGCCUUUACGUACAGGUCAGAACUGAUUAUACAUCAGAGAAUUCACACUGGGGAAAAACCUUAUGAAUGCAGUGAUUGUGGAAAAGCCUUUACUCAGAAGUCAGCACUCACAGUGCAUCAGAGAAUUCAUACAGGAGAAAAAUCUUACGUAUGCAUGAAAUGUGGACUAGCCUUUAUCCAGAAGGCUCACUUGAUUGCACAUCAAAUAAUUCAUACUGGAGAGAAACCUUAUAAAUGUGGCCACUGUGGGAAAUCCUUUACUUCCAAGUCACAACUCCAUGUACAUAAACGAAUUCACACAGGAGAGAAGCCUUAUAUGUGCGCUAAAUGUGGGAAGGCAUUCACCAACAGGUCAAAUCUCAUUACACAUCAGAAAACUCAUACAGGGGAGAAGUCCUAUAUAUGUCCUAAAUGUGGAAAGGCCUUCACACAAAGGUCAGAUUUGAUUACACACCAGAGAAUUCAUACUGGAGAAAAACCUUAUGAAUGUGGUACCUGUGGAAAAGCCUUUACCCAAAAGUCACACCUCAAUAUACACCAGAAAAUUCAUACCGGAGAAAGACAAUAUGAAUGCCAUGAAUGUGGGAAAGCCUUCAACCAGAAAUCAAUACUUAUUGUGCAUCAGAAAAUUCAUACAGGAGAGAAACCUUAUGUAUGCGGUGAGUGUGGUAGAGCUUUCAUCCGGAAGUCAAACUUCAUUACUCAUCAGAGAAUUCAUACUGGAGAGAAACCUUAUGAAUGCAGUGAUUGUGGGAAAUCCUUCACGUCCAAAUCUCAGCUCCUGGUGCAUCAACCAAUUCACACAGGAGAAAAACCGUAUGUGUGUGCUGUGUGUGGGAAAGCCUUUAGUGGCAGAUCAAAUCUCAGUAAACACCAAAAAACCCAUACAGGAGAAAAGCCCUACAUCUGUUCUGAAUGUGGGAAGACCUUCAGACAGAAGUCAGAGUUGAUUAUACAUCAUAGAAUCCACACUGGAGAGAAACCUUAUGAAUGCAGUGACUGUGGCAAAUCUUUCACUAAGAAAUCACAACUCCAAGUGCAUCAGCGAAUUCACACAGGAGAAAAGCCUUAUGUAUGUGCUGAGUGUGGGAAGGCUUUCACAGACAGGUCAAAUUUGAAUAAACAUCAGACAACACACACUGGAGACAAACCCUAUAAGUGUGUAGUCUGCGGGAAAGGCUUCGUCCAGAAAUCUGUGCUCAAUGUCCAUCAGAGUAUUCACACUUGAGAAGAACAGUGUGAGAAAACCUCAGUGAGAUCAGGUCUGAUUGUAUAUCAUUAAAUUUGUUAGCAGAAAAAUAUGCAUAUUAUAAGUAGAAAUACCCCAUCAAAGUGUCUCACAUUAUUGUAAAGAAUAGGGCCCUGAAUGAAGGGGGCCCUUCCCACAUUACCACCACCUUCAUUAAACCUUGAAGCGUUCAUACUAGGAAAAUUGAUAGAAGGCUUCUCAUAAAAAUAUGAUGGGACAUUGUUACCAGAUUCUGCAUAGGAGAGGUUAUAUUAAGUCAUGUUAAUGAUAAUCCUGUUUACUGUGGAAUAGGUAGAUUACCAACAGGUUGAAUGGUACAACAACAUAAUGUAUAUGAUAGUGACAGAUCCUGAGUUCUGUGAGAUGUUUGCUGCAGAACACAUUAUCUAACACCGUUUGGGGUGUUUUCUCAUUCUGCUGAAUCUAACAUGGUUGUGUGUGUCUGGUCUCCCAUUGAGUAUUUCCAUCAAGAAAGAGAUAACUCAGUAAAAAAGUUCUUUAUGUAUGCAGACACAAACCUCUGAGUGUAUGUUGACCCAUUAUCCUCUAGCGUCAUGACUUGUAACCCCACCCCUUAUCAUCUCUACCACUAAAGUGUAUUUGACCCUCAUUAGUUCCUAGAAUAUUGUCUUCUGACACCCACAUAAUUGCAUUAGUGCUAAAUACUAAUGUCUGCUGACUGCCAUUAUCUCAUUUAGCUCCCAACAUAGUGUUUUGUGAACCUCCACUACCCUCAGGAAAGCUUCUGAAAAGAAUUUUCAGGUCAUUUUGGUCAACUUUUCAUCUCCAUCUCCCUUUUGCUGUCAUAGUUCUUCCAGCUUAUUUGUCUGCCUUAAUGCCCUGACAUUUAUAAUAAUAACAAAUUAGAAACUCAUAUUAAAACACACCUCAACAUUUGUUCAAGUCUUCUCUGUGUCCCAUCUUUAUGCCAUGGACUCCACAAGCACCUUCUCCCCGUGUGCCUCAAACACAUCAGUUCAGGUCCUGCCUCAGGGCCUUUGCAUCUACAGCACUCAUAUCUGUGUGGUUAGCUCCUUCAUGUCUUCUAAUGGCACCUCUUCACAGAGGCUUUCCCUGUGCUUUCCUGCCUGGUUUAAAAUUUUGACCCUCUCCCCUCUAUCCUUUAUCCUUCUCCAUAGCACUUAUUGCCACAAUGCCCUGUAUAUUUUACUUGUCUGUGGCUCCUAUGUUAGAAUGUUCUGUUUUGUUCACCACUUUGAACCUUGACCCGUGCCUGACAACAACAGGCAUUCCAUGAAUGCACACUGUGAAGUGUUGACCCUGCUCAUCACAACUUUCCUUUAAUCUUUUCUGUAUUGCAGCAUACGAUGCUGCAAUGGGGAGAACCAACUUGCCUAAAACACCAGGCUUUUUCAGCUUGUUUUUACCUGGCCUCUGCCUCCUUUCCCCAAAGCUGAAACAUUAUUAUAAACCUUUUGCCUGAUGCCAGCCAAUUUAAAGAAGGGAAAACUGAGACAGGAAAUCCCGCGUAGAUGCUUGGUGUUCAGGAUUUCCUACCAUGAUUGUGAAAUUCGCAGCUCCAAAUACCCCACCCCAGACCCUCACCUAUAGACCCACUCCUCAUGUCCCGACAGGCCCACAGCUAAUAGUAUGAAGGGGCUGAGAGCAGGGCAGACCUUCCUGGGAAGUUAGGUGUCUGACCCAAGACUGGCAGCAGUGGUCUCUCAAAUGCAGGCAGAGGGUCUGACUGAACACUCAGCUGUUGGGCAGCCAAAUUGGAAAGAGCAGAAUGUUUCCUCUAGGUCAGUCCACUGGUAACAACUGGGAGUGGCAAGUAAUAGGGUUGUGCAAGGUGCUGUUGCCUUUGUGAACAACAGCAUUGUGGUUGGGGAUGGGGACAGAACCUUGUCAGGGGGCAAGGCUGGGAAUACUCCUGAACCCUCUCACCCAAAUUUGGUAGUGCCAUUACUCCACCUUGGAUCGAUGUCUGAUCCAUCACUAACUCCCUUCAUCUCACCCUUUGACAGUAUCUGAUGAUCCACCAUACUCUUAUUCCUAUCUUAGAACAAUGUAUGGUAGGUGAUCCACUGUUAACCCCCUUUAUCUCAUUCAGUACUGUAUCUGGGGCUUCACUAAAUGUCUUGCAACCCACCAUUAUGCCUCAAUUUAUGACAGUGUUUGCUGACCCCCUCAAGAGAGUGUCUGAAGGACACCCCCCCCCCACUUCUUACCCCACUGCAGCACAGUAUUUGCACACCCAUUAUCCCUCUUUCACUCAGUACUACGUUUAUCACCCCUCCUUAAUUCCAGGAAAUACUGUCCUGGAGAUGUCAUUACCUCCUCCACAACUAACCUCCAGCAUGAUGUCUGUCACUUCACUUGUGACAAAGCCUAGUAAUCUCCAUAUUCCCCAUUUAUUCCCACUUUUCACGUAAGUAGUAACUGAUGACCACUUCCUACAAUCUUCAGAAUAGGAAGCUGUGAUAUACCCCACCUAAUCCAACUAUUAAUAAUAUCUUCUGAUACUUUUACUACACUUCUAGUAGGAUGCUUUGUGAUCCCCCUUCAUUACUUGUCCAUUGCAACAAUGGUGACUAAUGAUCUCCCAUUUCCCCAUCUAGCAGUGUUUGUAACUGUCCCCAAACCAGCAUGUGGUGAUGCCCUCAAUACCUUCUCUGAACACUGGUGUCGUUAACCUGCUUCCCUCCACACAAGUAAGGGCAAUGACUGAUAAUGCACCAUAAACUCCACAUUAUCCAUCUGCGUUUUGGAGCCUCCACUAUCCCCCUCUAUAGUACCUACAUUAAUAACCAGCAAAAAGUCUGCUGAUGUCCAUUACCUAUUAAGAGUGUCUGUGAACCUUCCAUUAAACCUUCCAUUAAAUACUGGUAGUUUGCUUUUCCCCAUUGGUCUCCACUAACAUAAUGCUGGUUCCCCAUUGCCCAUAUUGCUUCAUGAGGCCCCUGUGUGGCUACUGCCAAGUUCUCCAGCAUCGCUUCUCCACAUCCCCACUGUUUACAUGGACAAGAAACCUGGAAGAGAGAGAAGGGAUGAGGAUGAGGUCCUAGCCUCAUAGGCCCCUCUGGGGAAUUAGUGACCCAGAGUGGGCUGGGGAGGAUCUGAGGGGCCCAGGAGACCACCAGCUGGGAUUCCCAUGAUGCAACCAGAAUAGAGAAGGCUGUGGAUGUGGAUUCAAAUCCUGGUGCCAACACUGAUCUGCUGAGGAUUCUGGGCCAGUCCAGCAAACCUUCCCCCUGAGCCUCAAUUGCCUCACCUGUAAAAUGGAAUUACUGAGAAUGAAGUGACUUAAUCAGGGCUGAAUAAGGGAGCAGGGCUAGUGGUUACCAAUUAGGGUAUCCUGUUGUUAAUAUCAUUACUAUUUAUAAAUGGACACAGCAUCUGACCAACAUCUGCAUGACUGUGCCCAAACCUCACAGAGGGAAACGUGUUAUUUUUUUUUGUCAAUUCCAAUUAUUUCUCUCUUAUAUGUAUUAUGAUAUUAUAGUACUGAGAUAUUUUUAAAGUCAGACUUAUUGAGGUGUGGAUAAUCACCCUUUUUAGUGUAGAAUUCUGAGAGUUUUGACAAAUGACAAUUAUGUAAUCAACACCACAGUCAAGACAGAGAACAUUUCCUUCACUCCCAGCAUUCCUUCCUAUCCCAUUUUAGGCAGUCUCCCUACUUCCAGCCUCUUGCAGUCACUAAUUUGAUCUGUUACUGGUCUCUAUAGUUUUGCCUUUUCCACAGUGUUACAGAAAUAUAUGGGUAUCUGUAUGUACAUAUGUAUGUAUCCUUUUGAGUCUGACAUCUUUCAUUUUGUGAUGUAUUUGAGAUUCAUCCACAUGGUUGUAUGAGAUACAGGUGAAAAUAAGCUGAUGAAAAGAUGCUCAACGUCAUUAGGAAAAUGCAAAUUAAGACCGUGAUGAGAUACUACUACACGCUUAGAAUGGCUUAAAAUAAUUUUUUUUUUAAUAGUACCAAAAGUUGUCAUGGAUGCAGAGCAAUGGACACUUUAAUGCAUUACUGUUGGGAAGGUAAAAUGAUAUAUCCACUCUGGACAAAAAUUU